AUGCAAAAUCAAAAGGGUAGCAUUCGCUCAGGGAUAAACCUCAGGAGGCAGGCAGAAACAGGAUUGGAAAUGACAAACACAGAAGGGAAGGAGGAUGUUGCUAUAUUCCAACACUUUAAAAGGAUGAUAAGCAUACGAAGACAAGGGGAGCCACAACAAAUAGUGAGGUAUAUUAAUCCUAAAGAGGCUGGUCUUCUAGAUGCUGCUGCAGGUGUUAUUGUACGAUUCAGAUUAGGUGGAGUUAAAUUUCCACCCAGUAUAUACUAUAAAAUUUUCACUCACAGACAUAUUGAAGAUCUGUGUGCUAACAGCCCAAGAGAUUACACGAAACUUCCACCAAAACAUACAUCUCAUGAUAAAAGUGAUAAUUCCCAGCAAGAUGAUAGUGGCUGGUAUCGUCGAAUUGAAAACAAUGGUUGGAGACCUGUUUCUGAUAAAUUUUGGAUGCCUAGUGAAGAUGUUAUGCUGGAAGACAAAAGAGAAAGCAAAUUCCAUUUCUCUAAACUAAAGAGAAGGAAAGAUUUGGAAAAGAAAAGAAAAAUUAGAAAAAUAGAAUGGAUGCAGCAUAUGUACUACGCAGGAAGUCUAGCAGCUAAGUCAACAAAUCGUGAAACUCUAGAUUUAAUUCACACAGCAACAAAAGGGCUGCUAAGAGCUAUUGAAGAUGGUGGAAUCAAUUCUGUGAUGGAAUGGGAAGUGGAUGAAAUACUGAACUGGACAAAUGCACUGAACUUUGAUGAGUAUCUUGCCAAGUGGAAGGAAAUCGCAACAAGCAACUCUUCAGCUAACUUCAAAGGCUUCAGGUUUGAACAAGCACAACAAAAUAUAUAUGAAUAUGAAGAUAAAUCAGAAAAUCAGAUGGAAAUACCAGAUUCAUACGACAAUACUUACGGAAGAUCACAUUUUCCUACAGUAACGCCUGAAUCCACUUACGGAAUGUAA